AUGCCGGCUCCACUGCUCCCACUGCUGCUUCGAACCCUGAUGUCCCGCUUGCUGCUUCCUGCCACCCGCCUGGCCCCCGGCACCCUCCUGCCCCUCCUGCGCCGACUGGCCCGCCGCCUGGGCUCGCAGGAUGUUCGAGAAGCUUUGCUGGGCUGUCUGUUGUUCAUCCUCAGCCAGAGCCGCCCGCCCGAUGCUGAGGAGGUCUCCAGAGUGGCUGGCCAGGAGAGGAGGGAGAGGCUAGCUCCCCCAAAAUGAGGCUGCGAUCCCUGAUAUUGGCUGUGUCAUCAAAAGCCAUUCUUUUGGAGCAAGACAGUCCUGGCACCACCACU